AUAGCAAGCAUUUGUGAGUGGAAUCAUGCUUGUUACAGUCGGUUUGCUGUUGUCGGCAAUCGUUGCCCUGUACUUUUACCUUACGUGGAAUUUUGACUAUUGGAAGAAGCGAAAUGUUCCGGGACCGGAUCCACUGCCCUUGGUGGGAAAUUUCCCUGCCUUUUUUCGCCGGAAUCGACCGGUGAUGGAGGAGAAGUACCAGAUCUAUAGGGACUAUGGAUCAAAGUACAACUUUGUAGGGAUUUUCACAAACCGAUCACCACAGAUCUUCAUCACUUCGCCGGGUUUGGCGAGGGAUAUUUUGGUGAAAUAUUUCAAGAACUUCCACGACAAUGAAAUCGGAUUGAUUACCAACAAGGAACUGGACCCGUUGUUCGGGAGGAACCCGUUUGUGCUGAAUGGAGCUGCAUGGAAAGCGAAACGGGCGGAGAUGACUCCCGCGUUCACUGCCUCCAGAAUUAAAGCCCUUUACUUCAAUGUGGAAGAUGUUUGUGCCACGAUGACCAAGUACAUUAAGGAACGUGCAGGAUCCUCGAUCGAAAUGAAGGAACUGGGUGAUAGGUUUACCACGGAUGUCGUCUCUAGUUGUAUCUUUGGCGCCGAUGCACAGUCCUUCAUCCACGACGAUGCUGAAAUUCGUGAAAUGGGAAGUAAGCUGAUGGAUUCCUCGUUUUUGUUCGUUCUGAAGAUGUCAGUUAUGACAGUUCUGCCAAGCGUAGCAAAACUCUUCAACAUUAGUUUAGUUUCGAGGCCCCGCGAAAUGUUCUUCAUAAAACUGAUGUCUGAAGCGAUCCGUCACCGGGAGGCUAGUUCGGAGAAGCGUUUGGAUUACCUGGAUUACUUGAGCACACUGAAGAGGCAGAAGCACAUCUCUGAACUGGAUAUGGCUGCCAACGGAGUGACGUUCUUUCUCGACGGAAAUGAAACUUCCAGUGCUACGCUCACGCUAACUCUGUACGAGGUGGCCAAGCAACCUGACAUUCAGAAACGACUUCGGGAGGAACUACUGAAGGCAAGCAACGAAGAUGGCACCAUCGCAUGCGAUGCCCUAUCGGAACUUCCGUACUUGGAGCAGGUCUUCAGUGAAAGCUUGCGCCUAUGGCCACCGGUGACCUUCAUGUCCAAGGUCUGUACCGAUCGUAUCGAGCUGGAGCUGACUGCCAACCGGAGGGUACCGAUAGAACGUGGAACCUGCGCCAUCAUCAGCAAUUGGUCGCUGCAUCGCGAUCCGACCUACUACGAAGAUCCUUUGACGUUCAAUCCGGAUCGAUUCGCUCCGGAAAAGGGUGGCAUCUAUCCGUACCGGGAGAAAGGAUGCUACAUGCCAUUCGGAGAUGGACCGCGGCAAUGUUUGGGAAUGCGAUUUGGUCGGAUGCAAGUCAAGCGCGGUAUCUUUGAGAUUAUCCGGAACUUUGAAAUCUCGGUUGACUCCCAGACCAGAAAUCCUCUGAGGAUUGUUUCGUCUCCAGCGAUUUCACUGGGAUUGAGCGGGGUUUGGUUGAAUUUUAAGCCUAUUGGAAAUAAGUUAUAUUAAUCGAGUAAAGUACAAGAU